CAAAGAAUUAACAGUUGAUCCUUCACGGAAUCUUCUCUUUAGACUUUAAUUCUUCAGUGAUCAAGGAAGGAAACAGCAUACACAGAGGCACACUACAUUUUGGCUUUUGGAAAAUAUCUAUAAAUAAGAUGCAAUACGAGGAAGCUGCUGCAGAUCUCAGCCUUAUUACACAUAUAACUUUGUUCUUUAAAUUCUUCAACAUCUGCAAGGCCAUAUAGCGCAAGCAAUUACGCCUGCUUCAAUAGACAUUCUCUAGAUCUCUCUACAUAUAAAUACUUGGUAUCAUCUCUUGCAAAUUUCAAGGUAACCGUCAGCAGAUAAAAUAUGGUGUUCAAGUUGAACAAUCAGUUGUUGUCAAAGAUAGCAACUGGUAAUGGACACGGUGAAGACUCACCGUAUUUUGAUGGAUGGAAAGCAUACGAUGAAGAUCCAUAUCAUCCCACCAAGAAUCCGAAAGGAGUUAUCCAGAUGGGUCUUGCAGAGAAUCAGCUUUGCUUCGAUUUGAUUCAAGAAUGGCUCAAGAACAACCCAAAAGCUUCCAUUUGCACUCCUGAAGGAGCGGAGGAGUUCAGGGAUAUAGCUAUCUUUCAAGAUUACCAUGGCUUGCCAGAAUUCAGAAAUGCUGUUGCAAAGUUCAUGGCCAAAGGCAGAGGGAAUAGAGUAACAUUUGACCCUGACCGCAUUGUUAUGAGCGGAGGAGCCACCGGAGCUCACGAAAUGGUCGCCUUCUGCUUGGCUGAUCCCGGCGACGCAUUUUUGGUGCCUACUCCUUAUUAUCCAGGAUUUGAUCGAGACUUGAGAUGGAGAACAGGAGUUCAACUUAUCCCAGUUGAAUGUGAAAGCUCUAACCAGUUCAAGGUUACAAGAAAAGCCUUGGAAGACGCUUAUGAUACAGCACAAUUAGACAACAUCAGAGUAAAGGGCUUGCUCAUAACCAAUCCAUCAAAUCCUCUAGGUACAAUCUUAGACAGGGAAACACUAAAAAGUAUUGUCAGCUUCGUUAAUGAGAAGAACAUCCAUUUAGUCUGCGAUGAGAUAUAUGCAGCCACAGUUUUUAGCCAGCCUGAUUUUGUUAGCAUCUCAGAGAUAAUAGAGGAAGAGGUGGAGUGCAAUCUUGAUCUCAUCCACAUUGUUUACAGCCUCUCCAAGGACAUGGGGUUCCCUGGAUUUAGAGUAGGCAUUAUUUACUCUUACAAUGAUGCAGUUGUGAGCUGUGCUCGCAAGAUGUCGAGUUUUGGAUUAGUGUCAUCGCAGACUCAACACCUGAUUGCUUCAAUGUUAUCAGAUGAUGAAUUUGUGGAAAAGUUCAUCAUGCAAAACAAGAAGAGAUUAGCUACAAGGUAUAGUAGCUUUACUAACGGACUUGCUCAAGUAGGGAUUAAGUGUUUGAAGACAAGCAAUGCAGGCCUGUUUGUAUGGAUGGAUUUGCGUAGACUUCUCAAAGAACAGACAAUUGAAGGAGAGAUAGCACUCUGGAGGGUGAUAAUCAACAAUGUUAAGCUGAAUGUUUCGCCAGGUUCUUCUUUCCGUUGCACUGAACCAGGGUGGUUUAGAGUUUGCUUUGCAAACAUGGAUGACCAGACCAUGGAAGUUGCUUUGUCAAGAAUCAAGACAUUUAUUCUUAAGAAUAAGGAAGCCAAGAUGUCAGUGAAGAAAUUAUGCUGGCAAGGCAGCCUUAAACUCAGCUUUUCCUCUCGAAUAUACGACGAAAUCAUCUCUCCCCACUCUCCGAUACCCCAUUCGCCUCUCGUUCGAGCCAGAACUUGAGCCUGUUUAGUGGAUCCUAAUAAGGUACUAUGAAGUGAAAAAUGCAAUAGAUCAAUGAUGGAAGAGACCUAUUUCAUUAUACUCCAUUACAGUCCUACCAAAACUAAUCACUUAAAAUUAUUGUUUCCCAUUUUAUUAAUGGUUAUUCUUUUGUUGCUUUUUGUUUAUGGUGGGAGAAGUAUGCAUAUGAUUUGAUGUAAUAGUAACCAAUACAGAUCAACCCGUUUGGCAAACAAAAUUUAUCAUAUGGGAUUUUCUGUUGGUUAAUAUUAUAUAUGCAUCUCCCUUAUAUGUUUCUUUCUUGAAUUGUAUUUUUGUUUUUUCUUUUUUCACAUGCAAAAUGUUUAGUGAAAAAAGUUGCUUCAAUAGUUGAUGCACUUUAAUAGCAUUAAGGCUCUUUUCAAGAA